AUGCCGAAGCUGGACAAGAACGGCAACAAGGUGGCGCGGCGCGGCGAGCGCCGGGGUGAGCGUCGGGGCAGUGGUGGUACCCGGCGUAGCGGCGACCCGCGCGGCAGGAGCGGAAGCACGCGCCGCCGGCAUGACGACGAGGGGGGAAGGGGCGACGGCGGCGGCGGCGGCGGCGGCGUUUCGAGCUCCGGGUCCGAGGGAGACAUCGGGAACCCGAGCCGCGAAGUAGUGACUCCGGCGAGGUCCCGCCGCUCUUCGAGGAGUUUGUCGGGCACGACUCCGGCGAGACAUCGGUCAUCUCGGAGCAUCACCAGCAUCGGCAGCGGGGGGACCGCAGGGGGGCGCGCGCCGCCCUUGCCGCGGGGGACCGCCAGGGAUAGGCACUCGACCCCGGCGAGGGAGAGGGAGGGCCGCGCGACGAGCGGAGGAGGCGUCGACGGGUCUUCACGCGGCUCGCGGUCCUCCGCGCCUUCGGGGAACAGCAGCGACGACGGCACCAAGAGCAGGCGGGGCGCCGACGGGCGGCGGGAGACGAAGUCGCGGUCUGAUCGGCGGCAACCCGCGCCGUCGUCUUCCGGCACCCCGAGCAGGGAGAGCAAGAAGAACGUGUCCAAGAAGUCGGCCGGGAGCGCCAGCGGGAGCACGAAGGGUGGGAGCAGCAGCGCCGGCGGCGCCGGCGGGAAGCACAACAUGUCCAGCCUGAUGGCCAGUCUGAUGGUCGUGGCGCCUCUCUCGCGGCCCAUUCCAACCGAGUCGAUCGGCUACCUUUAUGGAGAGGACGGAAUGGACUCUCACUCGUCAACACCGCAACCGUCGCCGUCCCCACCCCCGGUCCCGCCAGCACCGUCUCGCUCGGAAAGAUCGAAGCGAAGGGGGCUGGAGGCCGGGGGGUCUCCGCCCCGGCACGGGUACGAUAACAGCAACUCGCGGUCGUCUCGCAACGACAAUCUUUCUGAAGAUCCGCUGGCGGCGGUGGUAGCCUACGGCGGCAGCGGCGCCCUCGACGUCUCGGGCGGUCAGUCCUCGCGACAUCGUCGGGACGAGCGGAGCGGGUCAGCAGCUACGCCGCCGGAGUCACCAUCGGCGGCGGUGGCAGCAGCAUCCCCCCGCAGGGAAGGGACGAGGGUCAAGGACCACGAGAGGCAGCACUCGAGCACGGCCGUCAGCGACCUGGACAGGUCGACAUCCAAGGGGAGGUCGGCUCGCCGGGCAGCAGCGGCGAAUGCGGCAGCAGCGGCGGCGGCGGCGGCGCUUGACGAAGAGGAGGCCGAGGCUGAGGCUGCGGCAGCGGCGGGGACUUCGGCAGCGGCGGCGGCAUCGGCGGCGGCAGCCUCCUCCUCCUCCUCCUCCUUCGUCACCAAGAAGGCGGCAGCAGAGCCGUCGCCUAGGCGCGGCAGCUCCACCGCCGUGGACAACACGGGCCAGCAGCCGUCGUCUUCCCGACGAAGGCUGUCUCCUGCUGGCGACGCCGCCGAAGGCGGCGUCGUACCGGAGUGGGAGUGGCGUCCCGAGGGCGCGGGCGCGCCGGUGACUUCGCCAAGGACGGAGCUUGACGCCGGCGGCGGCGGCGGCGGCGGCCGCGGCCGCGGUGUCACCGGCGGCACGGGGGCGCAACAACAACCACCAGCAAUGUCGGAGGCCGCUGCUGCCGGCGACGUUGCUCCUGCGGAGCCCUCCACCGAGCCGUCUCCCGCUCCGCGACAGUUUACUCCCGAGAAGGUGGCGAUCAUCCCCGCCGGGAGGGUGGCCAGCAUGGCGGCCAGCACCAACAAGAAGGUGCGGGAGGGCAGCAAUAACACGUACGCGAGAGAGAAGGCUGUCGCCGCCGCCGAGGCGCAGGAGGAGGAGGCGGGGGAGGAGGGGGGGGCGGGGGGCGGCGCCGGGGGCUCCGCGGACAGGAAGACGCGGGCGGCCGCCAUGCAGUCGGGCACGAUCGCGGCGGCACAGGCGGCGGCGAAGUCGGCGGCGGCGCUAUGGUUGCAGCGAGAGGCCGAGUUGAAGGCCAAGGACGCUGCGGCGGCGAAGGUGGCUCGACGGGAGGCAGACGCCAAGGCCCAGGAGACCGUCAGAGCCUUGGACAGAGCCAAGGCGGCAGCAGCCCAGGUGGCGGCGUCGGUGUCGCCGUCGCCGCCGAUCGUCGCAGCGGGCGCCGGCGCCGGCGCCGGCAGCGGUAACGGCAGCGUUGGUUCCGCUCGAAAGAGCAACCUUGCUGCAGCAGCGGCAUCGUCAUCGUCAUCGACGGCGGCGGCGCCUCCACCAAGUGCAGACACCGCGCCCCGCGGCGCCGAUACCCCGUCGGCAAAGAACGGCGAGGCAGAGAAAUCGCGGGCGACAGAAGCCGAAGCUGCUGCUGCGGUGGCGAAUGCUGCGGCGGCGGCGGGUCGGGAACACAGCAGGGUCGAAGCGAUGGAAAGGAAAGAGGCACGAGAAAGGUCCCGCGCCGCCGAGGAAAAGAGGCAGCAGCAGCAGCAGCAGCAGCAGCAGCAGCAGCUGGAAGCGAGGAGGGAGGAGGAAGAAAAGGCGAGGCUACGGCAAGAGAAGGAGGAGGCGAGAGCGGCGGCGAAGGCGGCAACGGCGAAGGACAGGAGGCUAGCGGAGGAGGCCAGAGCGGCCGUCGAGGCCCGGGAGGCGGGAGAGGCUGCUCGCGGUUCCAGGCGCAGAAGAGAGGAGGGCCGGUCGUCCUCCUCCAUGUGGUUGGCCGGGAGAGAGGAUCCGCAGGAUGAUGGAAGGGAGUCGUUGGAGAACGACGAGCCGCGGGUGCUGUACCGGAGGGAGAGGGGGGAUAGCUCGGAGUCCGCCGAGAUGCUGUCCGAGGAGGUGGAGGAGGAAGAGGAUGAGGACGAGGAUGAGGAGAGGAUGGUGCCGCAAUCAAGCGGGGACGACUACGCGGAGACGCUCCUGGCGGAGCACGCGGCGGCGGUGUUGCUCGAGAAGGCCGGGGGGAAGCAACAGACCUUCGUCAUGCACAGGGCGGUGUUCGACAACGACGUGGACUACCUGGAGAUCUUGUUGGACGAUGCGGUGGCCGCACAGGAGGAAGAAAGGGAUGCCAAGAGAGGCACCUCGCUGGAUGGGAUACCGCCGGCGGUGUUUUCCUCUGUGGGAGGUGCGGAGUUACUUCCCGAGGACGCGCCUCCGAGCAGCGCGGCCACCGGCCCAGGCGGCAUGGACGAGGUCGACCAUCACGGCAACACGCCCCUACUGCUGGCGCUGCAGCUCGGACGCUUGGAGUGCGCUAAUGCGCUCCUGGAGGCCGGGGCUAACGUGGACAUCAAGAGCGGAAGGCGAUACCACCUCAUGGACGAGGCUGUGCUUACCGGCGACCAGGCCAUCGUCAGGCAGGUCUACAUGCGGGCACAGCUUCUCACCUGGCUACGUUGGAAGAGCCGCUUGCCUCACCUUCUCGACAUCCUCGAGGAGAUUCCGGACUUCUACGUGGAGAUGAAGUGGAGCUUUUCCGCUGCGUUCCUGAUGGCCCCUCUCAUGCAAGCUGUCGCGCCCAGCGACACUUACAGGAUCUGGAAGCGGGGGUCUUGGUUGCGAGUGGACAGCACCAUCGUGGGCGUUGGAGCAAGGUUCAAGCUUAAGCGGGGCCGGCUCAGCCUGGUGUUCAUGGGGAAGGACUCCCCGACCCCGGGCGUGCUAUUGAGGGUCGACCACACCAAGUCCAAGGUGUACAACGCUCUGCGCCGUCUCGAGUGGCAGACCAAUCGGGAGGUGGACAAGGCCGUCAACAACCUCAUGGCUUCGUCGCACAAAGGAGGCGUGGACAGCACGCAGUUCAAGGCGAAAAAGACCGUGUUCAGAGAGUCGCAGAAGCUGGACGGCGGGCAGCAGGUGCAGGCGGUCAUGGCCGGCUGGAAGUGCUCCACGUACCAGUACCUCGGGAGCAUGCAGAUGAAGACCACUCGGAAAGGGGCCAACGUGGUACAGUACGUGCCGAAGGACAUGUACUUCGACUCUAGAGGAGAGAAGCCGCUGCUGGCCAAGGCGAAGGAAGCCAUAGCAAGGGAGGAGGCCGCCACCGCCGCUGGGGCGGGGGGGGGAGGGGUCGCGGGGGGCCUGAGGAAGGGCGUCGGGUCGAGCAUGUUCCAGAAGCCUUUCUGGAAGAACAACCCGGACCUUAACGAAGACAAGGUACACCGUCAGAUCAACAAGCAGGUGAAGGCGACUGUGUGGAUGGCUCACGACUACCCCCUCAAGCUCAGGCACAUCAUGCCGGCCCUGGAGAUCCUUUCCGUCAGGGACGAUAUGGCCGCAAGGCUCCGCUCCGUUCUCUCCCUCGCCGGUAUACCUCAGGAAGGAUUCCCGGUGAAGGUUUCCGUGCCCCUGAUGAUGACCGUGAAGGCAGUCGUCACCUUCGAGAAUUUCAGGUCCGACGGCAUCGAUGCCAGCAACUUCGUGAUCCCGAGCGACUAUCAGCGGUCACGCCGCAUGUCGAAGGAGAAGUAUGUCGCCGGGGUUCGGGCCGGAGGGGAAGGCGGCGGCGAGGGGGGCGGGCGGCAGAACAUGGACAGGGGUGUCUCGGGCAAUUUUGAGUCGGACGACGAGGAAGAGGAGGAGGGAGGCGUGUUUGUGACGGAGGCCGGUGUCAGCGAGAGGGAGCUGUUGAGGAGACGGGCGGCGUCUCGCAACGCGUUCGAUGACGACGAGGAGGACGAUUCUGACUUCGAUGACGGCGACAUGUCCGACGAGGGAACGACGCUGGCAUCCUCACCCCGACGAAGAUCGAGCUUGACCAACGGCAGCGGCACCAACGGCGAGAUGUCCGACCCUCAGUCUCCCCUCGCCAGAGGGCAGCCACCGGGCCAACCGCAGGCCUCGGUGUCGGCGAGAACAGCACCAGCCUCCGGCGGCGGCCUUCAAGGUUAUCAGCCGGCCGCCCCGUCGUCGGAUGGGAGAGGUAGAGAGGACCUGUCGCAAAAAUCACAGCAGCGGCAACAACACGCUCAACCUCCUCGCGGCCGAUCCAUGAGCAGGGACAGCCCGGAGCGACGAGGGGGCCCCGCGAGUGGGACCGAAGGUGGGGGUACGGCAGAACGCCACGUCGGGGGGGCUGGGGAAGCUCCCGCCCACCAGCGGCAGCGAAGCAAGUCUCGGAGCGGUAGGCUGGUGUCCCAGCUCAAGGGCAUCGUCGGGGCUGGGAAGGGCAAGUCCGCGCGGAGGGGCGGGAGCUCCGGCGCGUUGAUGAUGAACGGCAGGGGGGGGCACUCCCUCAGCGACGACGACGAGGAAGACUCGUUUGAGGACGAGGAGUGGGACGUCCGGCAGCAGCAGCAGCAGCAGCAGCAGCAGCAGCACACCGCGGGCAACGGCAACGGCAACGCUCACGGCAACGGCGGCGGUGGCAGCGGCAGCGGGGGGGUGGUGACAGCGGCGUCUCGGGCGGCCCAGCUGGCAGAGGCGCGAGAGGCUUCCCGGGAACAUCGGCGAGUGUCGUCUGCUACGGCGACUAUGGGAGCGCCGAUGGGAAACAACACCAACUUGGAGAACCGGAGAUCGCCACCGGGGUCCAUGUCUAAUCUUGGAGCGGCGGCGGAGCAGCAGCAGCAGCAGCAGCAGCAGCAGGCGACGGGGUCGCGAUUGCCGCGGGUCCCGCCAGCGAUGCCGCUUAGCGGCAGCAGGGGCGCGGGUGUCGGCAGGGGCGCCAGCGGGAGAGGGUCCGCGCUGAAGCCGCCAGCGCCGCGGAAUUCGGAGUGAUGUUUGUUGGUGUUUUGGUUUGGGUACGGAGGUAGGGAGGUAUGUUUUGUUAAGUAGUGACGGUGUUCUCCUCAGGUUUUUUAGUACGAAGGAAGGAGCGAGCCGACUGCUGGAGGAGGGGGUGUACAGGCGUGGUGUUUGUCGCAGGGGAGGCGAAUCGGGGGGUCGGAGAGGUAAGAUUGGCUUUUAAAGUAUUUUUGGUGUUUGGUGUGGGAUAAGGUUCAGCAGCAUCACAGGGGCGUUCAUGUCUCUUGGUUCGCGUGGUGGUUUUAAUCCCGGAUAGCUAGUCAGCUAUGUUGGCAGUCACGUAAUAACUGCUGUGGUGUACCAGUGGUCUGCAGCAUCUGUUGGGGUAUAGCGAUAGUUAUUAGGGUCGAUCGAGAUUACUUUCAGAUGGCCGGAGCGAGAGAGAGAGAGUUCUUUCAUGUGUUGCAUCUCGUUUUUUCCGGCCCCGUUUACUACGUUCGACCAUCAUCAUCAUGAUCAUCGCGUGUGUGUGUCUCAUCUGUAUUUUUCAUUUUUUAUGGUGAAGAAUGCAUGACUCGUUUCUCGUCGUUUUUCUUUCUUCUUUCCUCGCUGCCUCGUAGUGCUCUGUGUUCCUGGUUGUGUACCGUACACGAUUUGACGUACGGACGUCGCUGCUGCUCGCCGAUAGCUUCCAAAUACCGCAACCUUAACGUGUAGCGUGUCCCCAUGGAUCGGUCGUAUAGAGAUAGUUUGUUUGCCGCGGCGAUUCGGGCCACGAUCAUCGUGUGUUACGGGACAUCUUGGAUGUUUGUUUUUUUCCGUACUCUCUGCUGUCGCGGGGGGGGGGGGGGGGGAGAACCGCAUGGAUGACUAAUAGAUGGUAGCUUUCCUUCAUUACGGCCUUCUUGUCGCGACAGGUAGCAGCAGCAGCGUCACGUACGGUGUCUCGUCUUUCUGCCGCUAGGGUGUCUGCUUUGUUCUGAACGAGUUUCUCAUCACACGUCACACGCUUAAGUGUUCCCUAUCCGGACUGGGUUUUUAGUUGAGCUUUUGGCUGCUUUGGACUAUGGGCCAGGUCCCGCGAUUUUGUUGGCGCGGCUGCGUUUGAUAGGGAGAAUAGGUGCGUGUACGUGGGGUGUUGUUUGUUCUGUGGUGUUUGUGAGGACAAGAAAAUGCUGAAAAGACGAAUGUAUCCAUCC